AACUAGUCUCAAAACUAUGAACUUAUUUUGUGUUUUCAUUUCGAUCGCGUUUUCGUUGAUCAUAGUCACUGAUUGUCGAAUUGACAAUGGAUUAACUUCCAAACAAUCAUUCUCAUCAAAUUCACUAACACAUAUGAUUAAGCAAUUUUGUGGCCUGAGACCAAUUGAUUUUAGUUUCUCGGGUCGUAUCGUCGGUGGUCGGGACAGUCAACGCGGUGAAAUACCUUUUUAUGCAACAGUCACAGAGUAUAAAUUUUUCGGCUCUUUGGCAACUAAAAAGUGCGGCGGUGUAAUUAUUGGAUCACAGUGGGUUUUAACUGCAGGUCAUUGUGCCCCAGGCUGGUUUGGGUCACUUAAGGUGACUCUUGGCGAUGCAAGUGACAAGCAAACCGUUUCGGUUAAUCAAACAUUCGUUCAUCCAAAUUUCAACAGAUCUACACUUAAACACGAUAUCGCUCUGUUGAAAUUACAAAAAAACAUUCAAUUUGGUGAUAACAUUCAGCCAAUUUGUCUACCGGAAUCAGGUGAGGAUGAAUUAUUUUAUGGACGAAUGGGAACUGUUUCCGGUUGGGGAAAACUAGAACCAAACACAAAGAAAUUGCCUGAUAAGCUGCAAGUGACACAAGUUCCGAUGAUAAAGUAUGACAAAUGCCAAGAAUCGUAUUCGGAGUAUAAUAAAGAGGUAAAGAUUCCUGAAUCGUCUUUAUGUGCUGGUUUCCAGGAAGGAGGAAAGGAUGCAUGUUUUGGUGAUUCCGGCGGCCCCUUGAUGAUCAACAUGAAAGGCUAUUGGACGCUUGUUGGUAUUGUCUCAAACGGCAUAAAAUGUGCCCAGCCCAAACUUCCCGGUGUUUACACCAGAGUGAGCUAUUAUCUAGAAUGGAUUGAGAAAACAAUCAAAUGA